AUGACUACAAUUGGAGUUGAUAUAGGAACAGGAUCUGUUAGAGUCUGUUUAAACAAUCCAGAUAACUUCAAAACCGCUUUUAAACCUAUCAAGACCAAUAAACAUAACACAUUUUCUAACUACAUAACUCAAUCGUCGCAGGAAAUCUAUCAGUGUAUACUUGCAUUACUCAAAGAAUUAGUGAAUGAACCAGUCGUUUCAAUAUCGUUUACUGCAACAUGCUCCAUGGUAGUCAUGGAAAGGGUUAGGAUUGGUAGCGAAAUUUAUCUUAAACCAUGUGCAGUUAAUUUUGAAGGUGAUGACAGUAAGCAAGAUAUCAUACUCUGGAUGGAUAAUCGAUCGAUCGAGCAAACCAGAUUUUUAAAUGAAAUGGUGAACGAGAAGGAAUUAUCUAGGGUAGGUGGCAAGUUUAUUCCGGAAAUGGGAUUACCCAAGUUAAAAUGGUUGCAAGAUCAUAUAACUAAAGAUAUAGUGUGUUUUGAACUUUAUGAUUGGUUCAGUUACUUGUUUUUGGUCGGAGGAUUUGACAAAAAGGGACUCGUGCCUUAUGUUGCUGAACCCAUCGAGCAUAUGCAAGAAUAUCCCACCGUGUCUGAAGCAAUGGAUGGGUCCAUCAAGGGUUGGACAACUGAAUUUUUGAAACAGAUCGGCAUCGGCUCUCAUAUUUCUAUUGGCAGAUCAGAAUUUAACUUGAGUACGUCGGGACUAUUGCCUAUAGGUAUUCCUUUGGGUUACGUUCAUGAGAAUGCUUACAAUCUGAGAGAAAAGAUAGCUGUAGCCAACGGGUGCAUCGAUUGUUAUGCAGGGUGGUUAUCUACAAUUGGACCCGAAUUUGCUGUCGAAAACCACCUCUCUAUGAUUGCCGGGACGUCUACAUGCUUCAUUCUUUCGACGCCGUCAUCUCAAUAUAAUGCAAUUAAGGGAAUCUGGGGCCCGUUUUCACAGUUACUAGCUCUACCGUUGGAUAUAUUUGAAUUUGGACAGCCGGCUACAGGAAAAUUGUUCGAACAGCUCUUUGCAAACUACGCGCUGGUGGUAUCAUCUUUGAACACUGACGAUAUCUUUGCAUUACUCGAGUACAAAACUGCGACGCUCGAAGUCAAUAGAAUCUCCACCAUCACCGAAAUCAUUAAGAACUACUUCUGGUACAUCGACCAGUACGGCAACAGAAGCCCGUAUAACGACUUCUCCAUGAGCGAAAUGAUCAUAGACGGCCACAAUUCCUCCAACAACUUGGAAUCCAUCACCAACGGAACCACCCUCAUGGGUCUCGUAAUACGGUACAAUCUAGUCUUGGAGUUUCUCUGUUUCCAAACCCGACAAAUAUUGGAGAUCAUCCAGGCCUCCAAUGGGCCUCUUGUCGACUCCAUCACUGUAAGUGGCUCCCAAGGCAACAACAAACGAUUCAUGCGACUCCUAGCUGCCGUAACUGGGAUGCAAGUUAAAAUACUAAAGCUGUCUACAAAUGUGAAGUACAAUGUCGUGAAAGGGUCUGCCAUCAUUAGCAGUAUAGGCCAUCACCUACUAACUGGAUGCAAAAAUUACCAAAAUACAAUAAAUGGUAGCAUACCAAUUGACGCCGACUACGAUAUUAUUUAUCCGGACCAUAGUAUUGCCGAAUUAGGUUCGCUACUAGACAAAAAGUACAAAGUGUUCCUAGAAAUGGCUAUGGCUCAACAAAAUUAUCGCAGAAUCAUAAAUUCAAUGUAA